UGUUUUUUAACCGCAACGUAAAACUGAACUUGGAAUUUGGCACCUGGUUGUCUGCAAUAAUAACAAACAAAUUAUUCGAUUAUUUAUUAGUCUUAUAAAAUACAAAAAUACAUGUCAGUAGCUUAUAUUCUGAAGGUUAAAAUAUAAAUAAUUAACUAUCAAUAAACUACAGUCAUAAAUUAUUUAAAAAAUGAACAAAGAUAAAUCAAUUGAAAUCCAAAAACAAGUUCGCGAUAAUGCGGUUGAUUUGCAAAGCGAAUUUUUGGAUAUGAAAAAUUGGGAAGAGCAAAUGAAAAAAAAAGACGAAUUAAUUCAGUCCACUGAUGACACUUGUCAGGUGUUGCCGCCAGUGAGAAAGAAAAAAAGUUCAAGAAUAAAAUCGAAGACUAAAGAAAAUGGCACUAAAGCUAAAAGAAUAAAAGCACAUGAUUAUUCUGCUUGGGAUAAUUUUGAUGCGGACAAAGCCUGCGAAGAAAUAGACAAAGAAAAUGAAUCUGAAGAUUCUGGUGACGAAGUAUUCAGUAAAGAGGAACUAGAAAAAAAACAUGAAGAAGCUACAAUUCAAAAAGUACUUGGUAAUAAAUAUGUUACUGAAAAAAAAUGGGACAAAGCUAUGGCAUGUUACAAUGAAGCCAUUAAAAUAUUUCCAUAUGACGCAGUAUUUUAUGCCAACCGCGCUCUCUGUCAUUUGAAAAUGGACAAUUUGUAUUCAGCAGAAUCAGACUGUACUGCAGCAAUACAACGCGACGAGCACUACGUCAAAGCUUAUCAUAGACGAGCUACAGCCAGGAUGGCAUUGAAACAGUACGCAGAAGCUAUUAGUGACUUAAAAAUAUUAUUGGGGCUAGAAAACAACAAUAAAGAAGCUAAAAAAAUGCUGGAGACCGCGUUGAAGUGUCAAAGUAAUUUGGAAAAUAAAUUUAGUGGCACUUUAACGAUUGCUGAUACUCCGCUAACGGGAGAAAGUAAAAAAGUAAAAGUUGAAGAUAAAAAAAUAGAAAAUAAAAUUGAAGAAGUAGAAAAUAAAAGUAAAGAAUUAAAAUUAAAAGAGUCUGCGGACGUAAAAAAUGAUAAAUUUCGUAAAUGGUUACCGAUUGUUGAUGAAAAUGUAGAUAUAGUCAAGCCUAUCACCAAAUUACCUCAUCAAAGGAUUAAGAAACCGCUUAAAUCAAUUCCCGUGACUGUAACAGAUUUUACUAAAUGGCCGAACGUUGAUCCAGAGCCAGAUAAAAAUUGCAAAGUAUCCAAGGAUACAAAGUCAUCCGUACAAGACGUAGUUGUUGAUAAUAAGAAUAAAAAUACUGGUACUGGUACUAGUAAUACUGAAAGUAUAAAAGAUGAAAGUGAUGUUGAUGUUAUUCCGGCGGUUCCACGUACUUCUGUUCAAUUCUGCAUCACCUGGCGCAAACAUAAAUCACCGGAAUUCCGAUACAAAUAUUUGAAACAGUUACCUCCAGACAGUAUUCCUAAGUUAUUUAAAGAUUCUAUGGAAUCAGAUACAUUUAGCGAAAUAUUAACGACUCUAAAAACACAUUUUAUUGCUAAUAAUCAUCCAGUCUAUGAUUAUCUCAAAUACUUGAGUGAAAUAAAACGAUUUAGGACACUGACUAUGUUCUUAAGUAAACAAGAAAAAGAGGAUCUAACAACUUUAUUCAAUUACUGCAAGUCAAUUGAAGGCCGCACCGACACAAUUACUGACCUGCGUAAAAAAUACGAACUUUAAUAAUCACUACUUUUUUUUUUUUUUUUUUUCGUCAAAUAAAAAUCUAAACUAAAUUUAAAAAUUGAUAGCGCGGCCUAAUUUAUAAUUGUCAUCAUUUCCUUCUGAAAAAAAAAAUAAAAAUAUUUUAUCAAAGUAAUUGGGCUGGUAUUUAAAUUAAUUAUCGCUAAAUUACAAUAAAGCAAAAUUAAAGCGCAUGUGCAGUAUGUGGUGUAACUGAGUCACUGGUAUCUUUAAGGAGAUUAUCAAGUACAUUCAGCAAAUAAGUUAUAAUUCAAAUAAAUAAUUAUUAUAUUUGUAAAAUAA